GUAAGCUUACCCUGAAAGGAGGAUUUGGGCCAUUGAAGCUACACGUGGAUGUGAAAUGAGUCAAGCGGAUCUUUGAUUACAAGGAAUUUCAUCCACUCCUUCCCACCAUGGAUUGCCAAGAAAAUGAGUACUUGGACCAAUGGGGACGGUGUGUCACCUGCCAACAGUGUGGUCCUGGACAGGAGCUAUCCAAGGACUGUGGUUAUGGAGAGGGUGGAGAUGCAUACUGCACAGCCUGCCCUACUCACAGGUACAAAAGCAGAUGGGGCCACCACAGAUGUCAGACUUGCAUCACCUGUGCUGUCAUCAAUCGUGUUCAGAAGAUCAACUGCACAGCUACCUCUAAUGCUGUCUGUGGAGACUGUCUGCCCAGGUUCUACCGAAAGACACGCAUUGGAGGCCUGCAGGACCAAGAGUGCAUCCCGUGCACGAAGCAGACCCCCACCUCUGAGGUUCAAUGUGCCUUCCAGUUGAGCUUAGUGGAGGCAGAUGAACCCACAGUGUCCCCUCAGGAGGCCACACUUGUUGCACUGGUGAGCAGCCUGCUAGUGGUGUUUACCCUGGCCUUCCUGGGGCUCUUCUUCCUCUACUGCAAGCAGUUCUUCAACAGACAUUGCCAGCGUGUUGCAGGAGGUUCGCUGCAAUUUGAGGCUGAUAAGGCAGCAGAGGAAGAAUCUCUCUUCCCCAUCCCACCCAGCAAGGAGACCAGUCCUGAGUCCCAAGUGAGUGAGAGCAUCUUUCAGACGCAGCCACUUAACCCUAUCCUCGAAGACGACUGCAGCUCGACUGGUGGCUUCCCCACACAGGAGUCCUUUACCAUGGCCUCCUGCGCCUCAGAGAGCCACUCCCACUGGGUCCACAACCCCAUCGAAUGCACAGAGCUGGACCUGCAAAAGUUUUCCAGUUCUGCCUCCUGUACGGGAGCUGAGACCUUGGGGGAAAACACAGCUGAAAGCACAGGAGACAGGCUGGAGCUCAAUGUGCCCUUUGAAGUUCCCAACCCUUAACUUUAACAAGGUCUCUUGGGCUCCUGGCAGCCUUGCCCAGUUGUUCUCUCUGGACUCUGCUUCCUUGUUCGUGUACCACAACAGCAACAGGGGCCUGAAAUGUGUCCACAACACCUAAUAUUCUGCAGAUGGGGCAUAUUCUAUCCCAUCUCACCAGAUAAUUGAUUUUCCAUUUCAUCAGGACUGAUCCGCAGAAUUUCUUGCUUCCCCAUUGUAGCCUGGGGAGCCAGAUUUCCCAUUCUUGGGACUACCAGAUAUGUUCCUAGCUCAACUUGAUGAUAGAGAAGAGGUGAGAGAAGGACAGUGAAUGGGGUAGAGUUUUCAUGCCUGCAUUUUUGGUCAGGUAAGCCUCUCAAAAUUGUGUCAGCACAUCUACCCAGCACUUUAAGGCAAAAUCAAACCCUUCUCCCUUUUUAGCUCCUCAACACUGCCUCUUUCCUCAACACACAUGUGUGCGCACGCACACACACACACACACACACACACGUAUUAAUAUCUAUCUUGGGGGAGGCCUGGUGCCGUAAUUCCCCGGCUCAUGUCUCACAGACUUCACUAGUUGUGACAGCUCUGAAGCCAGCACAUUUGCUAAGGUCCUCUUCCCUACAAGUAGAUCUCUACCCUUAUUUAGUGUGGAUUUAAACUAGUGUCUUUUUUUAAUAGUCCUUCUUAAAGUUACUUUCAACAUUUAUUUCUCUUCUCUUCUUGCCUUUUUUGUCCCUUCCAGGUUCCUCAUCUUCUAAAGCCCAAAACUCAGUCUCUAGAUCCCAAGAUCAACUCAAAGCUCAGAGCUUUGGACUCUGGGUUGACAGUGAAGCUCCUAAGGUCUCAGGGACAAAGGAGAUAAAGUUCUCACUGAGGCCUGGCCUUAAGGCAGCUUAGGGACCAUUUUGUGCUUUAUUGGUUUAGAAAAAAAAAAAAAAAAAAAUUAUCAUUUCAUUAGCUCUUAAUAUCAGUUUCACAUGCUUCUCAGCAUGAAUAAAACUACUCUUUCCAUGGCUCUCCGAUAACAAACAGAGCAAAUGAGACCCUCAGGGCUCAGGUGUGAGCAUCACAAGUUUAUUUAUUUAUUUUUUUUAUUUAUUCAUU